GCUCUGUUUUUUUAACCUUUUGUCUAUCGUUUCCUUUCGUUGAAUUGAAUGAACUCUGUCCAAUCAUUUUCAUUUUUGAUACGAUGAUUUCGGUCGAUGAAGCUCUCCAGUUGGUCCUCAGAGUCGCUCAGCGCCUUCCACCUGAAACUGUGCCUCUUCAGGAUGCUCUUGGCAAGGUUUUGGCUGAGGAUAUUCAAGCUCCAGACCCUUUGCCUCCUUACCCUGCUUCCAUCAAGGAUGGAUAUGCUGUGGUGGCUUCAGAUGGGCCUGGUGACUAUCCGGUGAUUGCCGAAGCAAGAGCCGGAAACGAUGGACUCGGCGUGACGGUGACUCCUGGAACAGUUGCUUAUGUCACAACUGGAGGACCAAUACCAGAUGGUGCCGAUGCAGUUAUUCAAGUUGAGGACACUGAACAAAUUGAGGAUUCUUCAUUUCAAUCGAAGAGAGUGAGAAUACUGGUAGAAACAAGCAAAGGGGCUGAUAUCCGUCCAGUGGGAUGUGAUAUUGAGAAAGAUGCUGUAGUAUUAAAAUCUGGGGAUAGAAUUGGUGCUUCAGAAAUUGGCCUCCUUGCUACUGUGGGAGUAACAAUGGUGAAGGUAUACCGGACCCCAAAUAUUGCUGUGCUUUCUACUGGAGAUGAACUUGUAGAGCCAACAACCGGGAAUCUACGGCGUGGCCAGAUUAGGGACUCCAAUCGAGCUAUGAUAUUGGCAGCUGCAAUGCAACAGCAUUGUAAAGUUCUUGACCUCGGCAUUGCCAGAGAUGAUCAAGAAGAACUCGAGAGGGUCAUGGAUACUGCCUUUUCUUCUGGGGUAGAUAUUCUUCUUACUUCUGGAGGUGUCUCCAUGGGAGACAAGGAUUUUGUCAAGCCACUUUUUGGAAAGAGAGGGACUGUGUAUUUCAGCAAGGUUUGCAUGAAACCAGGGAAACCUUUGACUUUUGCGGAGAUCAAUUCCAAACUAGCAGAAAAUAUGGUGGGGAAAAAAAUUCUUGCAUUUGGGCUGCCUGGAAAUCCAGUGAGCUGUUUAGUCUGUUUUCAUCUCUUUGUAGUACCCACCAUCCGUCAUCUUGCUGGAUGGGUGAACCCUCAUCUUGUGAGGGUACGGGCCCGUCUUUACCAGCCCCUAAGGACAGAUCCAGUCCGUCCAGAAUACCAUCGUGCUGUUGUUAGAUGGGAGGUCAACGAUGGAUCAGGCAACCCAGGUUUUGUUACUGAGAGUACUGGUCAUCAGAUGAGCAGCCGUCUUCUAAGCAUGAAGACUGCGAAUGCUCUAUUAGAGUUGCCAGUAAAAGGUGGUGUGCUAGCUGCUGGGACUUCUGUGCCUGCCAUCAUAUUUUCUGAUUUGAGUGGUACAGCUAUUGCUAAAAGUUCCUUAAUGUCGGAUCCAACUUUCCCUUUGCAAAAAGAUAGUUCUAUAGAAGUAACUACCCGUGAAUCUUUUGAUUCUGAAUUCAAAGUAGCUAUCCUAACAGUGAGUGAUACUGUUGCAUCAGGGGCUGGACCAGAUAGAAGUGGUCCUAAGGCAGUUUCUGUAGUAAAUUCAUCAUCAGAAAAAUUGGGAGGAGCUAGAGUUGUUUCAACUGCUGUAGUACCUGAUGAUGUGAACAAAAUAAAAAAUGCUCUACAGAGAUGGAGUGAUUUUGACAAAGUGGAUCUCAUCCUUACCCUUGGUGGCACUGGCUUCACCUCACGGGAUGUAACCCCUGAAGCAACCAAAGAGUUGAUAGAGAAAGAAACGCCUGGUCUUCUGUAUGUCAUGAUGCAAGAAAGUUUGAAGGUGACACCAUUUGCUAUGCUCUCUCGCUCUGCAGCUGGAAUAAGAGGAUCUACAUUGAUUAUUAAUAUGCCUGGGAAUCCUAAUGCGGUUGCUGAGUGCAUGGAGGCUUUGUUGCCUGCCCUUAAACAUGCAUUGAAGCAGUUAAAAGGAGAUAAGAGAGAGAAACAUCCUCGUCAUGUCCCUCAUGCGCAAGCUGCACCUGUGGAUGAGUGGGAAAGGAGUUAUAAAUCUGCAGCUGGCAGUGGCAGAGAGAUGGGCUGUUCUUGUUCCCACUAGAAAGUAUAAUGAAUUAGAAAAUAUUGAACUUUCAUGUAAUUUUGGGUGUAGCAAAAUUCAUAAAUAGGGAGUGGCAAAUGCAGCUGCUCCAGGAUUGGAGGUAGGGGACUAAAAUCAGCGAGGAAAAUUGCUAAUGUUGUGCUAUGACAUAGCUAGUUUCUAUAAUCAAUCUGCCAAAGAUUUUCAAGUUUUCAGUAGCCAAAGACAAGGCAUACUAUGCCAGAGACAAGGCUCACUUUGUACGGUUUCAAACUGAUGCUCCGGUGGACUAGUUUUAUAAAACUUUCCUACAAGUA